AUGUCGCUAUCAUCUUAUUUCAGUGAUAACAAAACCAAGCUGAAGGAUUAUGAUCAGUACUAUGAUCAUAAAUCGCGUAGCGACUUUGUCCAGCGUCAGAAGCUGAGAGCACUAAUUGCUCAAGAGGCCGCAGACGAUGCGAUGACUGAAAAGCUAGCUCAACUAUAUAUGAGCUCCGUCAGUAAACUCCUGAUUACGAAUACGAUGCAGUUCUGGAAAAAAAAAUCAGAAAUCAGCCCCUAA